GACACAAUUGGAGGUGGCCCAGCAGAGACAUGCUUCAACUCUGCUAGCUGCCAGCUUCCAGAGGUGGAAGGAAGCUAUGGCAAAACAGAGCAAGAAGGAAGCUCUGCAGCCUGAGCCUUACUCCUACACCCAAAGUUCAUCAGCUGGGAUUUUUGGAGUAGGAAGAUUGGCCACUAUGACAACCUCAGCUCAGCAUGAGCUUGCAACAGGAUACUCAAAGGAAGUGGAGCAGGCUCAUAGGAUGGAGGGAGAGCUGUGGACACAGCUUCGUCACAGGCAGAGAGGAGAUGAGUUCUGCUGGGGAGUUGAAGCAAUCAGAGACAUGAGGCGGCUGGCUGCUUUCAGACUGUGGCGCCUGCAGAAGGACCUGCUGAGCAAAGAGGAAGCCAGGCUUUUGGAAGCCCGUGCUCUGCUGGAGAAGAAGAAGCUACGAAACAUUUUCUGGAUGUGGCAUUCUCAAAGCUUGGAAAUGAAAAAGAUUCUAACACUGACAACUCAAAUCCAAAGAAACUUGGUCUCCCGGUGCUUCAGUACAUGGAAGGAGACUGUUGAGCAGAAGGCACUUGACAGGUGCAACCUGGCCCAUCUCAGAGCAGUAUCACUGAGGAAGCACUUCCAGCAGUGGGUUGGGAUGCUGCAGACUUUGGAGCAGUGUAAACUCAGAAAAACUCUGAGAUUAUGGCACCAAAAGUAUCUCAUGCUGAAGACAAUUGAACCAAGUUCUAAGCACUUGCAUAGAGCUGUCUAUGAGGAACCUCUUGCCAUGCUGUUUUCUGAGGACCUCUCAACAUCAUCUGGCUUUGACAGCAGUGCACCAGCUACUCUGACCUCUCAAAGCUCACUGGAAAAGGGCUGCAGUUCUCACAAGGAGGUGCAGAGUUGCUGGCAGCAAGCAGAGCAGUACUGCCUGCAGAGGUGCUUCAUUGUCUGGUCAACUCGAACUCAACAUCAUGUAAAGGCCCAGCAGCACUGCAGGCGCGUUCAGCUGUCUCGGUGCCUUGUCACUUGGGCCCAGGUCACUGCAUGUAAACUAAGGCAGCGUGAAGCCCUCUCUUAUUUUAAAAGAGUCAGAGAGCACCGUCUCCUGGUUGGGAGCUUUGUUAAGUGGAGGGACAAACUCUGGAGAGCUGAACAAGUGCCAGGAGGGAGAAACCACAAGUGGCAGGAGCCCUCUCCAGGUAAAGCCUGUCAUCGCUGGCGAGUGGCUGCAAGAGGACAGCAAGCCCUGCGCCUGGGAUCUGUGGCUACUGUCAAGCAAGCCUGCAACUACUGGACCAGAGCAGCUGCCUUUUCCCAGUGCUUACGGCAGCGCAGUACCCUCAUAGGUGUUAGGAAAAGCAGAAAGAUGGCUCUCUCUUGGCCCAUGAAAAGCAGAAGAGGCAGAGAAGAAGAUUCAGCACCAACUGGACUUUUUCCCAGUGCCAUUCAGCGCUGGCUGGUGAUCUACAGGAGCCAAAACAGGGCUGAGAGGUUGCUGGAGAGACCUGAUGUGGUAGGACCCUCUCAUGCACAUGCAAGGAUCCAGGAGAACACAGCAGGGGUGGACUUGGAGGAGUGGGCUAAGAAGUGGCUUGGGAGGAGAUAUCUGAAGAGGUGGCAUCACACAGUGGUACUGCGCCGGUGCCAGCACGAUAGGAAACUGCUCUGUCUGGCAAGGGGGUGGCAGCAGUGGAGGGAAGCCAGCAGGGUGGUGAUACUGGCUCAGGUGCUGGACCAGCAGCGGCUGAUAGAAAAGGCCUGGAGGGUGUGGAGACAAAGAUACUUGCAAAGCUGUGUGGUGCAGAAUCUUUUGGAGAAGGAAGCCAGGAGCCUCCUGUCUCAGGCCUUUGGAAGGUGGUGGCAGCUCACAGCAUUCCAGUGUAAGGACAAAAAAUCCUGCUGA